AUCACCGAGGCGCAGCGCUUCUCCCACCUCCCCAAGCGCUCGGCCGUGGACGUGGAGUUCGUGGAGCUGUCCUACUCCGUUCGCGAGGGGCCCUGCUGGCGAAGGCGCGGUUAUAAGACCCUCCUCAAGUGCCUAUCGGGUAAAUUCUGCCGCCGGGAGCUAAUUGGCAUCAUGGGCCCCUCAGGGGCUGGCAAGUCCACGUUCAUGAACAUCUUGGCAGGAUACAGGGAGUCGGGGAUGAAGGGGCAGAUCCUGGUCAACGGGAGGCCGCGGGAGCUGAGGACCUUCCGCAAGAUGUCCUGCUACAUCAUGCAGGACGACCUGCUGCUGCCGCACCUCACCGUGUGGGAGGCCAUGAUGGUCUCUGCGAACCUGAAGCUGAGUGAGAAGCAAGAGGUGAAGAAGGAGCUGGUGACGGAGAUCCUGACGGCGCUGGGCCUGAUGUCCUGCUCCCACACGAGGACAGCCCUGCUCUCGGGCGGGCAGAGGAAGCGCCUGGCCAUCGCCCUGGAGCUGGUCAACAACCCGCCGGUCAUGUUCUUCGAUGAGCCCACCAGCGGUCUGGACAGCGCCUCCUGCUUCCAGGUGGUGUCCCUCAUGAAGUCGCUGGCCCAGGGCGGCCGCACCGUCAUCUGCACCAUCCACCAGCCCAGUGCCAAGCUCUUUGAGAUGUUUGACAAGCUCUACAUCCUGAGCCAGGGCCAGUGCAUAUUCAAGGGCCUGGUCACCAAGCUGAUCCCCUACCUGAAGGGCCUGGGCCUGCACUGCCCCACCUACCACAACCCAGCCGACUUCAUUAUCGAGGUGGCUUCUGGCGAGUACGGAGACCUGAACCCCACGCUGUUCCGGGCCGUGCAGAACGGGCUGUGCGCCAUGACCGAGAAGAGCCUCGAGAAGAGCGAGGCCCCUGCCCCCUGUCCGCCUUGCGCUCUGGAAGUGGACCCCAUCGAGAGCCACAGCUUUGCCACCAGCACUCUCACUCAGUUCUGCAUCCUCUUCAGGAGGACCUUCCUGUCCAUCCUCAGGGACACGGUCCUGACCCACCUGCGGUUCGUGUCCCACGUGGUGAUUGGUGUGCUCAUUGGCCUCCUCUACCUGCACAUUGGAGACGACGCCAGCAAGGUCUUUAACAACACGGGCUGCCUCUUCUUCUCCAUGCUCUUCCUCAUGUUCGCUGCCCUGAUGCCCACCGUGCUCACCUUCCCCUUAGAGAUGGCAGUCUUCAUGAGGGAGCAUCUCAACUACUGGUACAGCCUCAAGGCCUAUUACCUGGCUAAGACCAUGGCCGAUGUGCCCUUCCAGGUGGUGUGCCCUGCCGUGUACUGCAGCAUCGUGUACUGGAUGACAGGCCAGCCCGCGGAGACCAGCCGCUUCCUCCUCUUCUCGGCCCUGGCCACGGCCACGGCGUUGGUGGCCCAGUCCCUGGGGCUGCUCAUUGGAGCUGCCUCCAACUCCCUGCAGGUGGCCACGUUUGUGGGCCCGGUGACCGCCAUUCCUGUGCUCCUGUUCUCCGGCUUCUUUGUCAGCUUCAAGACCAUCCCCACCUACUUGCAGUGGAGCUCCUACCUCUCCUACGUCAGGUAUGGCUUUGAGGGUGUGAUCCUGACUGUGUACGGCCUGGGGCGCGGGGACCUGGCCUGCCCGUUCCGGGAGGAGCGCUGCCCAUUCCGGGAGCCACAGAGCAUCCUCCGCGCGCUGGAUGUGGAGGACGCCAAGCUCUACGUGGACUUCCUGGUCUUGGGCAUCUUCUUUCUGGCCCUGCGGCUGCUGGCAUACCUCGUGCUCAGGUACCGGGUCAAGUCGGAGAGAUAGAGCCUGGCCCCGUCUGUGCCCAGCCCCCGCAGCAGGCAGCCUGGAUCCAGCCCUUUGGGACUGUUUUAACCUGUGGACUUGGACCCUGGGUGCUGGCCCAGCUGCCCUGCCCUCUGUCCACUCCCCCCAGGCUGUGGCCUGCAGCGCGGCUGCAGCCCUCCACACUGUGCCCAGGGGUCUUCCAGGGUGAUGUGGUUUGUAGCUUCCCCCCUUCUCUCUUCAAUGCCUGCAUGCAAAGACCAUGGGGGCCAUCAUGCUCCCUCGGCCCUAGCACCCCUCUGUUGUCUGCUUGGGAGCCCCAGGUUCUCCGCGCCCCACUUACAACUGACCAAAGUGGCCCCCUCUGGGGGUCCCAACCACACAAGUGUAAACAGCUGUUACAAAGUGGAGGUCCAGGGCUGGGCCCUGACAGAGUCCCUGGAAGUCCCGUGUGGACGUUAGAAUGGGUAGGAAGGGCUCUGGCAGACUCUUCCCCCCGCAACACACCCCCCAACACCCCCCCCGCCCCCGCUGAUGGGACAAUCUGCUGGACGGAAGCUGGGUUUCUGUCUGCACCACCCUCCUAGUCCAGGGGAUGGGAGCCACGUGGGGCCCUGGGAUCCCCUUUCCCCUUCCCGCCCCUCUGGCCAGGCAGGGCCUGGUGGCAUCUCUGCAAUAACGUCUCUCUCGCUCGCUGCCCGGACUGCAGAAUGCACUCCACUCCGGGAUGAGUGGGAGAAGCCCAGGCCUCCCUCCUCUGCUCCCCCGCGGGCCUGCAUGCCCGCCUCUCAGGAGUCCAGGCACAGACCCAUGACCAGGCCUCUGAGCCCUCACACCUGCUGUCCGUGGGGGCUCAGAGGAACCGUGACGGUGGCCUGGUGCUGGCGGCUGCUGCAGGGAGGGCAGCGCCACCCUCCUCCCAGGGUCCUGCUCUGACAGGAAGGAUGAGGCGAUGUUGUCCAGGGCAUCUUCGGGUCUGUAGGUUCUACCCCCCAGGCUUCCCUUCCUCCCGAGCCAGGGGGGACACAGGGCACUCGUCCCCUGGAGUUCAGGGCCUGACACAAGCACAAGCAGGGCCCAUCGGCCUUGGCCACGCCACCCGGGGCCCUGGGUGCCACGCUGGCUUCCUCACUCCUCCGUUCCCUCCCCAGCACGUGCUGCUCACUCACACUCUUGCCAUCUCUCUACCCCCAGACACACCCUGAGCUCCAGGGGUCAGACACCACACCUGGAGCGUGUCUGGCUUUUCUGGUGGGUCCAGGCUCAUUCCAUGUCUGAUUUUUCUUCCCUACGACUCUUUUUUUU